CUCUUGCUCUCUCUCUCUCUCUCUUCCUCUAUACAAUUUUCUUCUAAAUAGCCCAACUAAGAGCUUCCUCUUCUUGGGAUGUCUUAAUCCAUUUCUAUAUUGUGUUCCUCUAAAGUCUUCUCUUUUGUUUGUGGGUCUAAGUCAAGAAGCUGAAUUAUUGUGUUUAGAACGUUGUACUACUGAAAAGUUAGAAGCAUAUGAUUAAAACUCCAGAAGAAUUAUAACUUUGUUGGUGUCAUGAAGAGACUUAGCAGAUCAGAUUCAAUGUGUGGUCUAAUCUCCAAUUCCACAGAUGAGCAGAGUCGACGAGGGUACGGGCAUAAUUUCCAGCCUAUGCUUGAUGGUUACGAAGAAGACAGUACAAUGGUCGAGGAAUAUUCCGGCAACCACCACCACAUGGGUCAAUCGGAGAAGAAGAGGAGGUUACGUGUUGACCAAGUCAAAGCUCUGGAGAAGAACUUCGAGCUUGAGAACAAGCUCGAACCCGAGAGGAAAACGAAACUAGCACAAGAGCUCGGGCUUCAACCUCGUCAAGUAGCGGUCUGGUUUCAGAACCGCCGUGCACGGUGGAAGACAAAACAGCUCGAAAAAGAUUACGGCCUUCUUAAGAGCCAGUACGACUCUCUCCGACACAGCUUUGACUCGCUCCUCCGCGAUAACGAGUCCCUCGUUUUAAAGAUUAGUGAGCUCAAAGCCAAGAUCAACGACGGAGAAGAAGAUGACAACAACAAGGUUACGGCGGAGAGUGAUAUCUCCGCCGUGAAAGAAGAGAAUGUUCCUCCGUCUCCUCCUGAGUUUAUAGAACAUUCCACCGGCUUUAAUUACCGGCGAAGCUUCACCGAUCUCCGUGACCUUCUACCGAACUCCACCGCCGUCGUCGACGGUGGAUUUUCCGACAGCUGCGAUUCGAGCGCCGUUUUUAACGACGAAACCAGCUCCGAUAAUGGAAGGUUGACGCCGCCACCGCCGCAGCCGCCGACGGUUACGGGCGGGAGUUUCUUACGGUUCGUGAAAACAGAGCGGAUGGAGGAUCAUGACGAUUUUCUGAGCGGUGAAGAAGCGUGUGGUUUCUUCUCCGAUGAACAACCACCGUCUCUUCAUUGGAACUCCGCCUCUGAUCACUGGACAUGAGAAUCGUUAAUCGGAGGGCAAAACUGGAAUUAUCGAAAAAUAAAUAAUUAGUGGUUAAUCAACUCCCCGGGGUUAUAUGUUAAUCUGUAAUUAACGAUGUUGAGAGUACUAAAACUAAGAUUGACCACACCCUCUAGUCCCGAUUGUAUUCCUAUUUUCACCCUUAAAUACUCCACUUGACUAAUAUAA